AUGGCAUCGUCUUUUGUAUUCUCUUCUACGUCCUCCGUUAAAUCUUCUUCCCUUCUAUCAACUCGUGAAUUUCUCAUUCGUACCAAAACAUCUACUGGCGAUAUAAAUAAUUAUGAGAAAGUGGUUACAUUGCGUAUAUUUGAUGAUAUGCAUCAUGCAAGCGAAGAAAUUAUUUUAAAAAAAUCAGAAUCACAAAAUCAAUCACUCGAAAACAAGAAUAUCAAUGUAUUUCAUGUUAGAACUCAACAAAAAUUAGGCGAAACAAUACUAAAACUUAAAUUACAUUCGACAAACAUAGGCAAUUCACAAUAUGCAAAUGAUAAGAACGAACGAAUUUUUUUGAAAUGGAUUGAAUUAACUGAUCUGUAUUCGAAAAGUAAAUUCUGCUUUCCAGUCGAGGAUUAUUUACCAUCAAGUCCUGGUGAUGCAUUAGAACUGACUGAAGUUCAUCAAGAUAGUACUUGUGAAGAGAACAAUCAGCAAGAUGUGGCUAUUCAUACUACAAUAAACUCAUCCAAAUUAGAUACUAACAAUGAAAAUAAGGCUGUAAAGACAUUUAAUACAUCAGUCACCAUUACAGAAGAUAAAUCAAAAUAUGUCAAAUUAUACGAUAUUCGAACAAAAACGGCACAUCAAGGAUUUUUAGGAAUUAAAUCAUUAAUGACAGCUAAUGUCUAUGUAAAAUUAUAUGAUAUUCAUCAUCAAUCAUCUGAAUCGAUUCCUUUAACAGCAUCUAGAUUACAUGAAAGACCAUUUCGAUCAAAUCAAACGGAUCAAUUCCAAGUUGGUACAAUUAUUAAACUUGGUCCAUUAAAAAAAGUUGAAAUUUGGCAUGACGGAAAGAAGGGAACACGAUUACAUUGUGAUACACUAGAAAUAACCGAUCAAAGUAAUGGACAAAUAUAUUGUUUUCAAAUCAAAGGUGAGUUUAUUAUUGAUUAUUCUAAUAUAACUAUUGACCGAUGUACUUUAGAAUAUCUUGAUAGUGAUACAAAACUUACUUUAACCGAUUACGAUAAUCGACGAUGCCUUGAUAUUCAUUCGGAACACCAAAAAUCGCCAACAAAAGAUGUUAUUACAUAUCAGAACAAAGAGGAUGAUGUAUCAAUAUUAUCGAAUACUGCACAAAUAAAAAAGCAGUUAUUACCAGUAACACAGCAAAAAACAUCAUUGACAAAUUUGAGUAGUGCUAUAACGAGUAUUGUUAGUUCAAAUGUUAAUAUGAAUCAAACAUUAUUUAAAGUACGAACAAGAGUUGGUCACAAAGGUCUUCUUUCUUUGGGUUUGGGUGGAACAGAUUUUAAAGUUUAUAUACGUAUGCAUGAAGAUGAAAAAGUUACCGAUGAUAUACUAUUAAAUAAUUCUUUGACACACAAUAAUUCUUUUGAAUCUGGUCAUAUAGAUGUGUUUGAAAUAAGUGUGCCACAAUAUAUUAUAUCGCCAGAUCGAAUUGAAAUAUUCUACAAGGGAAAAAAACAUGAUGGUCUUUAUUUGAAAUGGAUCGAAGUUAUGAAUAUGAAUACAUUAGAACGAAAAUGUUUUCCUGUUAAUCGAUGGCUUGAAUUAAAUAUAGUUGAUAAAAAAACACAUAUUAUGUUAAGAGAUUUUAUUGUAGAUGAAUCAUGUGAAGAAAAUGAAUAUCGUGAACAUCAUUCACAUGAUCAAUAUAAAACUGAGUAUGUUGUUAGAACGAAAACAAGUCUAAAUCAACCAAUAAAUAAUAGUGAUACUCAUGCAAAUAUUUAUUUAAAAAUAUAUAAUGAUAAAAAGAAACAUACAGAAGACAUGUUAUUGAGCAAUUUAAAACAUCAUACAAAUCCAUUUCGAGCAGGAAAUAUUGAUAAAUUUGAAAUUGGAUCAAUUCAUUUAAUGGAUGAUGCUAUUGAUAAAAUUGAAUUAUGGCAUGAUAAUACAUCUAAUUUUGAUUGGCUUUGUGAAUGGAUCGAAAUAAAAAAUAAAAAAACCAAUAAUAUUAAAUGUUUUGGUGUUAAUAGAAUUUUGUCACGGCAAUCAUCUGAUGGUGCAACUAAAGUUGUACUUACCAUUCAUUCACAUUAUCCGUGCGAUAAAAUCGAACAUGAAUUACAUAAUUUAGCUACUACUGUAGCGAUUCAAGAUCGGUUUUCUCAUUUGAAUAAAAUCCAAUAUAUUCCUCAAACACAUUAUCAUUCACCAAAUAAACAUGAUUUUACUAAAAAAUAUAUAGUGACAAUAAAAACAGGCAAUAAAAUAUUAUCAGGAACGGAUGCUAAUGUAUUUAUUCGUUUGUAUGAUGAUCAAAAUCGUCAAUCAGAAGAUAUUUUACUUGAACAAACGGUGACAAAUAAAGUUCCAUUUCAAAAACAUGCUAUAGAUGAAUUUCAUACUGGUACAUUAAAUAAUCUAUCGGAUUUACAAAAAGUUCAUUUAUGGUAUACGGAUGAGAAAAAUGAAGGAUGGAAUGUUGAAUGGUUACAAAUCGAAGAUAUCGACUUGAAUCGUCUUUAUUGUUUUCCAGUGGUAAGUUUAGAAAGUUAA